AUGUCCCUCCCCAUUUCAACCUCAGAGCGCAUGAAUUCGUGGCCCGUUGAUCCGUCGCCUAUGUUUUCUCGAUUCAGUCCGCUCUUCGUUACACACCCGACUUCUCAUGAGGCCAACGUGAUGGGUGCAAUGCCUCAGUACACGGAUGUCGACACAUCUGAUGAGGUCUCAGACAAUGCAGGUCUUGACGAUGAAGAGACCCUAGUUUUCCUUGCUGAGGAAGAGACGGACACGUCGACUAUUCCUAGAGGCUGUCCUAGCCUACCACGCUUAAAGCCGAUAGAGCUGCCCGACGUAUCCUGCGACAUUCAGUAUGAGUAUCCGAAGCUUGCACCCCUCGACAUGUGCCUAGUGGCUCUCCUUGAGCCUACCAGCCACAAUGAUGCUAAUUCAGCUUCUUCUGACUACUCCGACAUUCUUUAUCCACCCAUAGUGAAGUCCCACCUGCCGGAGUUGCAUUCCGACUGA